AUGUUCCCUGGCUGGAAACUGCUGUCCUUUAAGGCUUGUGAUAAAAAUGACUGCAAAGUUUGUUGGGUAACUAGCAAUACUGUGCUGUUUGCAUGCCCAGGGCAGCCUGGGAAGCACAGGAAUUUUCUACUAAGAUGGAUUUGUACUGUGGUGGAAGUUUUCUUUAGGAAAGUGCAGCUUCUGAACCAGUUGAUGGCUACCGCUGAGCCUCAGAGCCUCACUCUUCAGGAACAGAAUGAGACCCCGACAGCAGAAGUGCUUUGGCAACGGGAAACUAUCUCUGUCACAGCAACUCAUGACUCUGAGGCAUCCCGUCAGAGGUUCAGGAAUUUCCAGUAUUUGGAGAUGUGUGAACCCCAUGAAACCCUGAGUCAACUCUGGAAGCUCUGUCUUCAGUGGCUGCGACCAGAGAUUCAUACCAAGGAGCAGAUUCUGAAACUGUUGGUGGUAGAGCAGUUCCUAACAAUUGUUCCUGAAGAGGUUAAGACUUGGGUCAAUAUACAGCGCCCAGAGAACAGCAACGAUGUGCUUACCCUCAUUGAAGAUGUGACUGAAAUACUAAAAAAUGAAGAGAUUCCCUGCAAGGACUCUGUCCUCCAGAAGCGGAUCAUCAAGAAAGAAAGCAUGGAAGCUGACUCGCUCACAGGCGAGCCCCAGGAGCCAUUGACAUUCAAAGAUGUGGUUGUGGAAUUCAGCAAGGAAGAAUGGAAGCAGCUAGACUCUGCUGGAAAGAACUUGUACAGGGACGUGAUGCUGGAAAAUUACAGGAACCUAAAUUCACUGCAUAAAGACAUGGAGGCCGUUCCAGAAGAUGAACAUUUAGUUCCAAAUCAGAGAGUUUCUGGAGAAGAGUCACCUGGACUAAAUGUGACAAAGCUUACCAAGCCUGCACAGCCUUCCUUGGUUAUUUGGAGCAAUGAGGACUCAUUACAUUGGAACCAGAACAAACAGGAUAUAAUUUUGCCACAAGAACCUUUCAUCUGUGAAUCUGAUUGUGAUGAAAAAAAGGGAAGCUUUAGUGUUAAGUCAGUUAACUCUAUCUGUGAAAUACAAGAGGGAAUUCCUGUAAGAAAUAGAUGCCCAAAGGAAGUAAAGGUUAAAACUAACUUGAAGGUUAACUUAGGUUCAGGAGAUAGGCAGUAUUCAGAGCCUAAUAACUGUGGAAAUGUCUUGAGCCCAUGUACAACUACUCCUCAUUGGCGUAAUAAGAGUCAUAAUGCAGUGAAUUCUUACUAUUGUUACCAAUGUGGAAAAGCCUUUAGCCAGAGUUCAUCCCGUAAUCGACAUCAGAUCAUUCACACAGGAGAGAAACCCUAUGAAUGUAGUGAGUGUGGGAAGUUCUUCAACCAACGUGCAAACCUUUCUAAGCAUCAAAAAAUUCACUCUGCAGCAAAGGUUUGCCAAAGCAAGAAAUGUGGGAAAGCCUUUGAGAAGAGUGUAGAUCACAACAGAAAUGCAAGACUGUGUUCUGGAGGUAAUCGGUAUGAAUGUGUGGACUGUGGAAAAUGCUUCAAGUACAGCUCCUUCCUUAUUCGACACCAGUUAAUUUAUACAGGAGAAAAGCCAUUCACCUGUCAGGAAUGUAAGAAAACUUUCUACAGCCAUUCGAAUCUUCAUAAGCAUCAGAAACUUCACACUCAAGGUAAACCCUGA